UGAUUCUCCUAUUUCGAUCAUCAUCGUCUUCUUCUUCUUCUUCUUCAUCUCUCUCUGUUCGGCUUCUGCUUCACCGAUGGAGAAUGACAACACCGCCGCCGCCGACAACAACACCGCCACCGCCGCCGUCACCGUCACGGCCAAAACCGGUUCAGGAGAAGUUGUGAAAUCCACCAACCACAACCAUGAAGAAGAGCAUUCCAAUUCCAAUGGCGAGGAGCACAUGACAGAGAAACUGGAAGAAGAAGAAAAUCGAGAGGAAGGUGAAGAAGAAGAAGAAGGAGAAGGAGGAGAGCAGCCAACUGGAUCUGCACCCAACCCUCGCCAGCCUUCCAGAACCCCUUUCUCCAAUCUCAGCCAGGUCGACGCUGACCUCGCCCUCGCUCGAACCCUUCAGGAGCAGGAAAGGGCAUACAUGAUGCUGAGAAUGAAUAAUGAUGGAAGUGACUAUGGAAGUUGGGAGGGUGGAAGCUAUUUGCAUGAUGAAGGGGAUGAUUUUGAUGAUCUGCAUGAUGGGAGUGAUGUGGAUGAGGAUGAGGAUGGCGAUGAAGAUGAUGGCGAUGAGGAGGGAUAUGAGACUGAAGAUGCAUUUGAUGUCCAUGCUCAUGCUGGCGCUGGAGAACAUCCAAUCAUUGAAUUUGACCCAGAUGUGUUUUCAAGUGAUGAAGCCUAUGCAAGAGCAUUACAAGAGGCUGAAGAGAGGGAAAUGGCUGCUAGGCUGUUAGCUCUUGCUGGGAUACAUGAUGUGGAGCCUGAGGACAUGGAGGAGCAUGGUGGUAAUUCACAGGAUGCUUGGGAGGAUGUUGAUCCAGACGAACUUUCCUACGAGGAACUACUAGCAUUGGGUGAAGUAGUUGGAACUGAAAGCAGAGGUCUUACAACAGAUACUAUUGCCUCUUUGCCUUCAAUCAAGUACAAGACUGGGAAUGAUCAACAUGGAAGCAAUGAUUCGUGUGUUAUUUGUCGGGUGGACUAUGAGGAUGACGAGUCCUUGACAGUUCUUUCCUGCAAACAUCUGUACCAUCCUGAGUGCAUUAACAAUUGGUUGAAAAUAAACAAGGUUUGCCCUGUUUGCAGUACUGAGGUAUCUGCUUCUGGGAGCAACUUAUAGGAGAAUUCCAUAGUUCUUAAACUUCUUGGCUUCAAAUUGAAGAAAAUUUGUGCAAGUUGGGAGUUUUUACCCCGUUAUUUAAGUAGCAUUGCUUUGUUGGGGUGAUAGUCAUUGUGCUUUACUGUAUCAAACUCCUACAUUUUAAAUGUAACUUAAACUUUUGGAUUCAGCUCUCUAGUUUGUCUUUUUACUUUUUUUAAAAUGGAAUGACUGGCAUUAUAGGGGCCAGUUUUUUUUACA